UGGUGCAAAAAUUUGAAUUGCAGUUGAAUUUAGUGAACAUUCCGUCAGAGUGAGGGUAGAGAAUAAAAUAACAAUGAUAUUGAUGUUACAUUUUUUCCCCAGCUCUUCAUCUCUUGCUAUCGGACAUUAAUGUUAUAAAAGUAAAAGUUUUAUAAAUUUAGAACUGUUAAAAUGUUGAAGCUUAUUUUCCAUUAUAAUAUCUACUAACCUUUGUUGAGAGUACCUACUGACUAUCAUAUUAAUCUAUAAUAAUUUUUGACAUAAAACAAAUUCAUGGGAAAGAAAGGAAAAGGAGGAGGUAAAAAGAAGCAGGCCAAAGAAGACAAAGAAGUUUUACCAGAAGUUGACAAGGAAUUUUAUGAAAUCCAAAUUACUGAUUUAAAUCAGAAACUUGCCAGAUUACGAUCCCGGUGUUCAGAACUAGAAUCAGAAAAUGAAGACGUCAAGAAGAGCCUUCAGAAGUUGGAUGAGGACAGGGCUGAUAUUAUUGCUUACCUCAGAAGAACGCUUCAAUCAAAGGCUGAUGAAAUUGCAGAGUUGCAGGAACGGCUGGUGGCUCUCCAACAGACAAGAGAGGCAGAGAAGACAGCAUUCCAGGAGAAAAUCAAAUCCAUGGAACAUGAUUUUAAGAGCAUGCAUGAACAGCUCAACUCUGAAAUAAAACUGCUAAAUGGCAAACUUAACUCAUUGGAGGAGUUCCGCAGGGAGAGAGAAGAGCUGAUGAACAAAUUUACAAGGCAGGAAGAAGAAAUGGAGGAACAAGAAAAGAGGCAUAAAAUUGCACUAUAUGAAGUGGAGCGAAAAUUUAUAGUUGGAAAAGAUGAGCUAAAGAAGGACAUGGAAAAUAAAUUACUACAAUUAUCGCUGGAUUUUCAAACCACAACUGACAUCCGCAUUGCCACCACAACACAGAGAGUCAUACGAGAGAAUGUUGCUGUUAACAACGAGAUCAACGUGUUAAUGGAAUCUUGGAAAAGUCUACAUGAAGAAAAUGCCGAUCUUAAGAAAAAAGAGAGAGAUCUCAAAAUUGAAGCAGAGAUACAAAGAGAGGACAACAAAAUCCUUUUAAAAAAGAAUUUGAUUCAAAAUAGGAUAAUAGAGAAGAUCUCAAUGAUGCAAAUGAGGCUACAAGACACACUACGGGCAAUGGAAAGGGUGCAGUGGAUGAAUAAGGUGGCAGAGGAUAAGCUGAUUGCAGCAAAGAAAGCGCUUCAUGCAGAGCGUGAAAUCAGUCAAAGAUUAAAGCAGUUGCUUGAAGCUCGAGAUGCAGAGGAGUGUCAACAUGUGGUGGACCUGCAUGAGCUUCGUCAACACUGUAAAACACUGGAGACCAUGAUUGAAACUGCCACUGAAGCUGUCAGGCAGGCACUUAAUGUGCAGGAGGAGCCAGACGAAGAUGAGGCAUAUAACUUGAGCCAGAGAGAAUCUCUACUUUCAAUACUUCUGGAAUUGUUUGACAAACCUGAACUGCUGACGACAGAACCUACCGAACCGUUGCAAUCGAUCGACACUAUAAUCUACACCAAAGGGAAUUUGGGCUUGAUCAGCAAACCUGAAGAAGAUACAAAGAAGAUAGAAGAAGAUAUACCUGAUGGAUCUUCUACUUCAAUUGGUUCUGAUAAUAAAGAGAAAGAUGGUGAUUCAAUUACAGCAUUAUCCAAAGCACCAAAGCCAAAGAAGUCUACACAGUCUACAUCUUCCAAUACAAGUAAAAAGCAUUCUUGAACUUCAGUUGACUAUGCUGCUUCCUCUGUAUUCAAGGUGUGGGAAUACAUAGUUCAGUUAAAAUAUAAAUUUGUUUGUAGAAUAUAAAUUAAAUAAAAAAUGUUCUAACCUAU